UGAGGCACACAGUCGUGUGUGUGUUUGUUGGUGUUGGUGUUGUAAAGGCGCGCUCCUACUAAUUGCCGUCGAAAAAAAAUUCAAUAAACUAAAUUACAUAAAAACAUGGAAGCCCGCACGCAUGGCGGGAGGCUAGCCCGCCAAUUUUCAAUAAAAAUGAUGCAAAGUUUUCAAAAAUUGUGAUUUACGUUGCGAGGGAGAGAGAGAGCACCCUCUAGGAUUUCGUCACGACGAUCUGUUCAGGAUUAGCCCUUCGAGCGUAGAGUCCAAGUGAAGAGAUUCCAGCGAUUCUACCGUGAGAGAGAGAGAGAGAGGAGCGACCCAAAUGCCCAAAUCACAACGAUGGCACCAGCGCUCACAGCCGAGCCACUAAGUCCCAAGGAGAAGCUGACCAGCACCGCCUCGCCCUCGGCCUCGAUCCGCAGCUCCUCCUCCUCUGGCGGAGACGGCGGCGGCAGCGGCGGCGGCAUUGGAGCGGGCCUGGCCAAGAAGCCAUCAACGCCCACACCGGCCACGGCCACCACGCGGGUCACCCGUUCGGCGUCAGCUGCCCAGCAGCGGUCACCGCUAGUGAACAACAACAACAACAAUAAGCGAAAAUCAAAUAAUAGCAUCAAGCCGACUAGUAAUGAUACAAUGGGGCUGAGCACGGCCCCCAAUCCGCAUAGCAGUAGCAGUACAGUGGCGGCUGCUGCCGAGCCCGUGGUGGUGGCCUCCACCAGCGAGAGCAGCAACAGCGCCGCCAACUCCAGCACCACCUCCAGCCCCCUGAAGGACAACUCGACGGCCCAGCUCCUGGCGGAUCUGACCAUCAACUUCGAGGAGACCCUGUCCGCGGAGAUCUGUCUGAGGAAGACCUUACCCGAAGUCAGUUUGGGUAAGGAGCCGGCGACGUCGGCCGCUGUCACGGGUGCCGGCCCAAAGUCCGCCGUAGAAGUGGCAGUGGCCGGCCAGUUACUGAUCCCCGCCACGGAGGAGCUGCCAAAGAUAGAAACCGAUAACUUGGAGGAACGCCUUAGUCAGCUGGAUGGCAACGCCAGUGGGAUUCCCGAGGAGCAGCUGGCGGCCCAGCUGCCUCCGCCCCCGGCGAUUGCCCAGCAGGAGCCACCAGCUGCGCCGAGCACACCCAGCAGGCCCCAGCAGCCAGUGCAUCCACAGUUGGAAUCGCCGCAGCAGGCGCGGCACCAACAGAUGACGCCUCAGAGCACCACCAGCUCCAUUAACUUCCUCAAGGACGGAGCUGCGGGCGAAGUUCUCGAGGACCAGGACAUCGAGGAGGUUCUAAAGGCCCUGAAGACCUUCGACGGCGAGUUCUUCAGUGAUGUGUGGGAGGAGGCCGCGCCAGCUGCGCCGAUAGCGACAGCGGCACCGGCCAACCUCCCGGAACUUGCCGAGGAUACCAAGCCGAGCAUUUCCAGUGCGAGCGUGGUGACACCUGCGAAGCCGGAGCGGCCCUGGCAGGAGAGCCAUGCCGAGCUAGAGCAGCAGCAGCACGUCCUUAACCGGCGGAUCGAGUUCAUGCUGCGACGCAUGCGGAAGUAUCAGGCGCGUCAGAUGUGCCGGCACACCAGCGACGAGGUAGCCGGCAUCUUCGAAUGGUCCGCCCGAUCUUCCCACAAGACACCCAACCCGGUGCGGAGUUCCACGCUGACGGAGCAGGAGGCCACGGUACAGUCCAUUGUGUCGGGUCGACCCGGUUCCUCCUUUUGGGAGGAGCAGAAGAAGCAUCCUUUGCCGGCCAGCCAGAUGAGCAGCCUGAUCCGCCACAUUGCGACAGCGGCGAAGCACCAACAGAUCUGCAACAGUGCCAGUGGAAGUUCGGCAACGCUGGCCCCAUCGUCCAGUUGGUACAACAGCUCCAACUCCACCACGAUCCUGGGCAAGCGUCCGCGAAAGAAUCAACUGGAAGCGACGGCAGCGGCAACGGCACCAGGUGGAACGACGGCAGCAUCGGGUUCUGUUGGGGAUGUGAAUGCGCCGAGGGCGGACGAUAUAGUGCCCAAUUAUGACACCUAUGUGACCAGCGAACUUACCCACGUGGCCGGGCUCCUGCACACGGAGCUGCGAGAGGUCCAGAACGCCAUCGAUUCGGACGCGACGGAGUCGAGUUCGGGCGGAGAGUCCGCCGACGAAAUGGUCACCUACAACAACACCCAGCAGCGCUCCCUGUCCAUCUCCCGACGAGCUGUUUGGCGCUACUCGAGGGAUCGGGCCGCCAUCGCUCUGCGCUGGUCGUGGCUCUGCGCCCAGCUGACCGACUUGGAGAUGAAGAUCCGCCAGCACAGCGACCUCUACUUGGAGCUGACCCAGACCAAGGGCCAAGUGCAGCUGCUGCCGACGGGCAAGUCCGAAGUCGACCCCCCCGAACCUGCUAAUCAUCAAGGAGACCGCGCCGCGGAAGAGGCCGCGCCCACCGACUGGCUGUGCAGUCGAGCGCGACCCUUGGUCCUGUCGGAGUUCCGGAAGCGCAAGCUCUUCCAGACGACCAACAUGCACACGAUUUCGAAGAAGGCCGCCCGGCCCAGCAACAUCAAGUGCGGCUGCCAGUGGCCCCAGGUGCCCUGUACCCUGUGCACCGGGCGAGCGGAUCCGACGGCGCCCCGCGAGCUGGCCGAGACGAUGAUGCCCGCCACCCGGGUGGCGCUGCUAGACGCUGGCUACCAUCCAGUGCUCAGUUUCGCCAGCGAUGUCAGCCAGAGUGUCCACUUGGAAGCCAUUGCCCGCCAGCCGGACUGGCAGUACCGAGUGAUGCGGAGCCAGGCCAAGGCCAUUGCCAAGAGCGUGUGGAAGGCGGAGCGCGAGGCGCUGGCCUCCGGCGGCGGCACUGGCGGCCAUACCGGCAGCCGGCGAUCGGGCGAUGGUGUCAAGAGGCGUUAUAUUCGACGCAAAGAGCGCAACAAUAACUCAAAUAAGGAUGCGGGCAGUGGAUCUGCAGCAGCAGGAGCUGGAGCUGGAGCUGGAACAGGAGGAGCAGCAGUCGGAGUUGGAGUCAGCGGCGGGGGAGGGGAUAGCGGAAAUGGUACUGGUACUGCUACUACUUCUUCUUCUUCUACUACGCCUACUACAACGCCACUUGUGGCCAACACGGGCAAAAGGCAACAAUCACACAACCAAAACCAAAACCCAACUGGAACGAACAGUUCCAGCUCGCCGUGGACAGACUCUCGCCAACGCCCACGACCACGCCACCACAGUCCCUCCUCAACCUCGAUCUCGGCCUCGAUCAGCGGCGCUAAAAAAUCCCGCAAGUCCACCAAUACCAACAGCAGCAGCAUCAGCACUUCCACCCAGCACCACCACACCACCAACCAUCAUCUGAACGGCUACGGGGAUCGGUUCGGAGAUCAUCAGAGCAACAGCAGCAGGAGUCGCCGCAACUCCUCGCCGUCCCAUGGUCAUCGAAUCGAGAGAACCUCGGAUCGGCGCAUUCGUCCUGUUUACGACAUAGAUAACAUCGUGAUUCCCUACAGCAUGGCUGCCCAGACAAGAGUGGAGAUCCUGCCCUACAAAGAGAUACCUACACCCAAGUGGCGCAUUGUUGACAGCGAUGGUGAUAAGGCGAAGCAGUCGACGCAGACGGAUGAGUCACCGGCCGAGAGCAAGCUCAGCAAUGGCCAGACAACAGGCGACCAGGCACCCCAACCACCAGAACAGCCUCCGAAAGUCAAUGGUCUGCGCCAGAAGCAGAAACAGGAGGCAGUCAGGCACAACAACAACAACAAUAACACAAACGUAAACAACAACAAGAAUGGACUGGUGAACGGGAAUGCCGGCACCGGCAAGGAGGAAGCCAAGGUGGAGGAGAAGACGAUGCCAGAGAAGAGCGACGAGAAGACACCGGCGGAGGAGCCAGCGAAGAAGCCGAAGCUGAAUGGAAAAAUCACAAAGACUCCGAGUGCUAAGGCAGGCGAGACGUCGCCAGCAGCACCAGAGCCACCACUGCCGAAACGACCCAAGCUGGAGAAGGCGAAUGGUCAGGUUGUGGACACACCUGGCCAGAAAGCGGCAGAUAAGCCGGAGGAAGCCAAUACCGAAGAGAAGGAACGGGAAGCUGAGGUGGAGGACCUUUCGGAUGAGGCCUUCAUUGCGCGACACCAUCUGGCCAUGCUCGAGGAGCGUCGGCGGUAUGAGACCUUUCUGAAGUUUCCCUGGACACCCAGGCCACGUGCGAACCGGCGGAUAGAUAGUCGCGCCGAGUCGAGUGGAGCCAACACCCCGGAUCCCGCAUCCCCAGCUCCAGUUGGCGCCGGGGCCAUGGACAACGAAAGCAUCCCCUCGCCGCUGGCCCAUCCGCUCGAGGGCUUCAACGAGAGCGGCGAGCUGAUAGGCACGGGACAGUCGCGUCCCAACCGCCGCCGAACCACCUCCAGCAAGCUGAAGGAGCAAGCGGAGCGGCGCAGCACCACGCCCGACUUGAGGGAGGCUUAUGCGCUGAUGCCACCGUCGCCAUUCGAGCCCCUGCACUUCCCGCUGUCGGAGGAGGUCUACCAGCGGAUGCUGGCCGAAACGUACGCCACACCCAGGUACUUGAACGUCUCGAAGCGAGCGAAGAGCAAGUCAAUAUCCUCGAACUGCGACGGAAGCAGCUCCCAGGGAGCCGGUAGCAAGGGAAGCCGGCGGAGCAGCAAGACGAAGACAAAACUGAACGGCCAGCUGAAUGGGCAGUUGAACGGACACCCGGCGGCCGCGAAGACCAAUGGUCUGGGUGGUGGUGGUGGUGGGAAGGAAGGUGAAAUUUCCGAGCCGGAGGAGGAGGAUAUGCUGCUGGAGGAGGAGGACGACGACUAUCCCAAACACUACUUGGUGCCGCUGGACGAUGAGCAGCAAUCGGCGCCAGAUGCGGAGCAGGACGUGUACGAUGAGGCGAUCAAGGCCUAUCUGGGGGAUCAGGAGGGGAUCGAUGAGGAUCUGGGCAACGAUCCGUUCGAGGACGACGACCCCAACGAUCCAGAAUGGAGGAACCGGACGGACGGCGUUCGCAGCCGGCGUGUCUAGAGUCUAGAGAGGGAAUCCGGAAACCAGAGCCCUAAUCCCCUAAUCCGUAAUAGCUAUCGAUUUCGUUAUUUCACAUUUGUUUUAAACGAUUCGUCAACGUUUUUAAAAACAAUUCAGAGUAGAGGACGCAAGCAGCGCAUCAAUUUUAAUUUGUUUCGAAAUGGAAUUGUUCAACUCACCACAACUUUGCCUACUUUAAGCGAUCUUCUAAGUUAUUUAGUUCUACAAGCCACAAACACACAGAAAGUGAAGAAACACAGAAAUGUACAUACAAGAUACAACACUAGGCUAAGGCAGUUAUUGAUAAAUGUUAACUAAUCGGAAGAGAUAGGGACGUAGAGGUUCGUAGAGAGUAUGAUAUGAUAUGAUAGGCAGUUAGGCAGUUAGGAGAUGCAGAAACCUUCGAUUAAGAAAAAAAAAAACAACACCCGCUUGGGCUUCAAGCCAAAGUGCUUCGAUAAUAAAUUACUAAGUUAACCUUAACACACACAUAUAUAUAUACGCGAGAACACAGUAAAUAUAUUAAAAUGUAAUAUUAAAUGUAAUUACAUUUGAAUGUAAGUGCCGAGAGGGCAGUUGGCAGAAGAUUUGAAAUGUAUUCGCACCUGCACCACACAAAACGAUAUAACUUACAAGAAUCCAAGCAAGAAAAUGAAACGUUAUUCUGUAAAUUGAUGAUCCAGCUUACCGCCUGGCCUGGCACUCUAGUGGCUCAGCACAUUAGGCCUGGCUAUGGGCCCGUAUUUCUUACUAUAUAUAUUAUAUUUUAAAGUUUAUCAAAUGUAACUGUAUAGAGAGGUCCUCCUGGGAGGGAGCGCGAGAAGCGAUCGAACGAUAUAUGUAUGUAUAUGUAUUUUUAGUUGCCUAGGCGUUUUCAUUUCUACCUUAAAAGUUAGUUGCUAAUUCUAGAGAUUAAAAAUUAAAACAAAAACAACAAAAAAAAAAACUAAAGAAUACCUAGUGCGGCUAUGUCCGGAACAAAUGUUUAUUCAAUUUCGUUUUCUACUGUACUGCUAGAGACGAGUUUCGUUCGUUAAUACUUGAGAAACAAUUCAACCAUAAUGUGAAGAUUACCAAGGAGCGCAGAAAUACAGAAAUACAAAAAUCUAUAUUCAUAAAAACUA